GGCGGCCGACACUUUCUCGGCUACCCCUAUUCUAUACACUGCGGUACUCUUUGGCUCUGAUCAGUUUCUCACCAAAACGUUACUCUCAAAUUAAGUUACAAGCUCUGAUACUUGCAACAAAAUUUAAACUAUCCAACUAACCGUUGAAUGUUUUAUAGCCAUAACAAGGACAUUCCUAGAUGUAUAUCUUUGAAAUAGCAAUUUUAACUAGGUUUGAAACGAGUCAACUACACCGUGCGUCUCUGUGUAGCUGCGGCCACGAAAUCAGUGUCGGCAAGAUUCGGAGUUACUGUGCAUUGAAUACUUUCGCUGUUGAAACAGUCCCCGUGAGCUUUGGUGACAUAGUCAAAAUCAGUUCUGUGUUAAGAUCCUACAUUAAUGAAGUCAUAUUUAUACUUUAUGUAGAGGACCAGCACCCAGCUAUCAUGCCAGACCUUUGGCAAGAAGCGAUGGACCAUGCUGUGUCCCUGGCCCGUAAAGCUGGAGAGAUUGUGAGGGAGGCACUGCAGAAUGAGAUGAAGUUUGUAUGCAAGAGUUCCUCAGUGGACUUGGUGACCAAGACUGACCAGAAAGUGGAACAGCUCAUCAUUGCUUCUGUCAAAGAGAAGUUCCCAACACACAGCUUCAUUGGAGAGGAAUCUGUGGCUGCAGGUGAGCCUUGUAUUCUGUCAGACAACCCUACCUGGAUUGUUGACCCUGUGGAUGGGACUACCAAUUUUGUGCACGGAUACCCAUUUGUAGCCAUUUCAAUUGGUUUUGCUGCUAAUAAACAGCUUGAAUUUGGAGUGGUUUACAGCUGUCUGGAAGACAAGAUGUACACAGCUAGGAAGGGCAAGGGUGCCUUCUGCAAUGGUCAGCCUCUACAGGUGUCUGACCAGACAGAUAUCAAUCAGUCCAUUAUUGCCACAGAGUUUGGAUCAAACAGAGAUCCAGAGGUGGUCGACAAGAUCUUUUCCAACAUGAGGAAAGUUCUAACUCUACCCGUCCAUGGUAUGCGUGGCGUUGGCACUGCUGCCACUAACAUGUGCCUGGUGGCCACAGGCUGUGUGGAGGCUUACUAUGAGAUCGGCAUCCACUGCUGGGAUGUUGCUGCCGCUGCCGUGAUAGUGUCUGAGGCAGGAGGAGUGCUCAUGGAUUUGGAGGGGGGACCAUUAGACCUGAUGUCCAGAAGAGUUCUGGCAGCUAACAACAAGACAAUUGCACAGAGACUUGUCAAAGAGAUUGAGACAUAUCCUGCCGAAAGGGAUGAUGCCCCUUUGGACUCAAAGAAAUGAAGCCAUGAAUGUUACUCUUAAAGGUGAAGCGAGUAAAUUUAUUGAUGUUAUGAGUUUGAUGUACAUCACACCAGUAGUAAAUUAGUGAAGAGAACGAAAGCAGUACAAUGGUUUACCUUUAUGCUGAAGUCUUACACAAUUUAAAGAUUAAGAACAUAAAUUAUAUUUUGUACUCUGCAUUGUGCACAUGCCAGUUAAAUACUUCCUUUGAAAUACAAAGUAUAAAAGACCAAAUCCCUAUGUUUUUUGUCUUUUUAAGGCUGGUGUAGUAGAAAAAUAAAAAGUAUAUAAAUAAAACUGUCAAGAGUGACAGCAAUAUUAGUGUCAAUAUAUUCAUCUAUUUUCAUAAUCUCAUGGCUUUGGGAAUGGCCACACUAUCUUAGUCAAAGUGCAAAACAGUGCUCAGAACGAAUGCAUUCACUGUAAGGUGUGACGCUGCAGUCACCCAUGACAACAAAUAAAGAUGUUAAUAAAUUAAUUUUUUUUAUUAAAAGUUAAAUAAAUUCAUAUUCUUAGUAUUCUUAUAAGUGCACAACAGUACCUCUGGUAUCAAUGUAAAAUAAAUGCAUGUCAAACAAAAAAAUAUUCACAACCAAACCAAAACACUAGCGCCACACGAAACAGUAGGGGGUGCUAGCAGACAGACAUUACUUGUGUGACACAUAGGCUGUGGCUAUGUCUCAAAUGGCGCACUUUUGUCAGUGCACUGACAGUCCGUGCAUAGUGCACACAGUGCGCUGAGGUCUUUAGUGCAUAGUGUC